AUGACCUCAACAAUUGUGUUUUUGAUCCGGCUCGGGGACACACUUCGUCUCCGAGCCUUAGUCACCUUAGACUAUGAUCAUGUUAAAACUAUACGCCGCGGGCACCAUUGCGACAUGCACUUCUUUCGCCCCAAAACAGUCGAUGAGCAGCAAGACUCCCAGCGAAUGGAAAUCGCUGUCGACCACGAUUUCCUCUUUCUUCGCGGGACCGGGUCAGACAGCGAGCCAGCUUUAUUGCAAGGCAACGUUGUUCUUGAACUGCGCGAGCCAACAACAGUGCGCUCGAUUACUCUCCAGUUUCGGGGAAAGGCAUAUGUUGCUCAACCACCACAACAAGACUCUCUUUCCUCCGGGGGAAAUCCUACUUCAACAUACGUAGUCUGCAAACACAAUUGGUCAUUCCUCGAAGGUGCAAAGAAGAACAGUUACACACUCAAAGCCGGUCGUCAUCUCUUUCCCUUCAAGCUCCAACUUGGUGGUUCGCUGCCAUCCAGUCUUGUAACCGAUGCUAUGGGUGGCGCAUCGGUCUCCUACAAACUACGAGCAGUCGCCCAACGAACCGGACUCAGCCAUAACAUUCAAGCUGUUGCUCCAAUCUACCUUAUUCGUUCCCUAGCUCCAACCGCGCUAGAAUAUCAACAGACACGCGACAUCGAGUACACCUGGAUGAACAAGCUUCUCUUCUAUAUCGCCAUUCCGCAUGUCGCAUGGGCCGCCGGUGAUGAGCUGGUGGCUCUGUUGAAGAUUACCCCACUUGUCAAAGGUGUGGGGGUCUUGAGCAUAACGACAACUCUUCGCGAAACCACCAAACUCCAUGGCCGUCAAGGCAGCCACACAAGAAAGGUCGCAACAGUUGUCCAUGAAAUUCUGGGCGGAACUGCAGUCCAGGUUGUUGAACAUGAAGACCGUAAAGACUCGCGAUUCUCACUUGCAUCACGUGUUCCCACACCCUCUUCCCAACCCGUUGCCGGACCGAGCCGCCUUGGUGAUACCACACCUUCGCCGCCGAAUGAACCCAGUCAAGGAGAGGAUGACGUUGUCACAACGCUGAAACUCCCGAUUCCAUCUCAAUGCACACCCAGUCACUCCCAAGACCCAGUCAACGUAUCCUAUGUCGUACAUUGGAGUGUCCUGGUCACUAACGCGGAUGGGCACAUAUCAGAACUCUUUUGUUCACUUCCCAUAACCAUUCUUGAUUCGUAUCUGCUCAACGAAUCCAGAAGCCAUACCACCACUGCGCGACAGCUCCUUGUAGGUCACUCUGAACCACCAUCUCGACUUGAGGACAAGAGCGAAUUACCCAGCUAUAUGGAACAUGUCAGGGACCGUGUUGCCAAUAUGGCCUUGUCGGAAGCCAACACUCUACGAGUCACCAAUCCUUGGGUGCAAAUGGGUGUUUCCCCCAUCAUUGUGGACGGCCAAAGAGCAUGUCCAGCGCCGUUAGAAGUCAUAGCAGACCAUCCAUUUAUUUCCGAUCCCAACCACCCCCUCUUCCUCGACUGGGUGAAUGCUGAGCUUCUUAUUUCUCAAGGCGCAACCAGAGUAACAUUCCCUACCAAUGCAGAGGUGGAAGGCAGCGGUCACAAUACUCCGAUUCCUCAUCCCGAACACCCAUCGACCCCAACAACUGUUUCUGCUGAAGGAAUCGCGACAUAUACGCAUCCCAGUCAUGCUAGCAAUUCACUACGCGGAAUAUUCACAGCGACACUAGAGCCUGUGAGCUCGUUCUCUCACCCUGCGUGGCUUUCUACCCGCCCAGACCCUAAAACACCGCGUAAUCUCUCGUCGACAUCAUUAUCAUCGGCGGAAACGCUGCAGCGCCGUGUGAGGGAGGUCGCUCAGCCAGUUCCCAACGUUAAUUCCGAGCUUUUGCAUCGUGCAUUUACUGAGGUGCCAGACUACGAAAUUGCCGUCAAAGGGUUCUUGGGAGGUGUGCCUCCAUUGAGUAGUAUGCAUGGCCUACCCUCUUACUCAGAUUCCGAGGGCCUGAGGCAUUCACAUUCAUAG